UUACUAAAAAAAACAAGCAUUUGUUACACGUUUUUUAGCACGUUUUACGUUUAAACUGCUCAGUUGUGGUUUGUGUUUUUUCGAAGAACAUUGUGUUUAAUAUCUACAUUUUGUUAAAAUGUCUCGUAAAAGUGGAUAUUCAUUCAAAUGUAUUAUAAAAUCAUGCGGGGAAAUGAAAACUCAAAAAGAUUCAAUUAGUUUUUUUUCUUUUCCUAAAGAUCCUGCUCGGUGUGAAAUUUGGUUAGAACGCUGUCAACUGCCAGCUGACACUCUAUCCCAAAAGAAUGUAAAAUUAUGUGGAAAACAUUUUGAAAAAAUUAUGUUUUUAAACUUCUUAGAGAACAGGUUAAAACCAGAUGCUAUACCUACACUAUUUCCAGAUAAUUGUGACGUGAGUACUACAGACUUGUCUAGUGAGAAAGUUAGAACCUCUACCAGUUCGAGUAAUACUGUGUCUUGUGGCUCAAAUACUCCACUAAACAUUAGUGAUGAUCCUGGUUCUUCAAAAUCAUGUACCACAGUAGCAUAUGGUAACAAUGAAAUACUGGCUCUUCCAUUACCUGGUUCACCUGUAGUACCUGAUAGUAUUGACUACGCUAUUUCUCCUGGAAUAUCAUCGUUUUCUAGUGAAAAAUCUACAUAUUUAGAUUCUCCUUCAGAUUUCACAAGUUCCAGUUCUUCAAAAGGUUGCCAAACUCUAGAAUCUUGGUCUGAGAAAACACCCAGAAAAGUUUUGUUACGGCAACAAUUGAAGAUUGAAAAAGAAGCUCGUCUCAAAGCUGAAAAAACUAUCCUGGCCUUGAGCAAUCAGCUAAGAAGUUGAGUCACCAAGAUAGGGAAAAUAGUUGAAAAUAGUAUAUAAAUACAAAUCACGGUUAACAAUUUCCAAGUAUACAAUAUAGAAAUCUAUAUAAGACACUGCUAAUAACUGGCUAUGAAGUAAUCUGAUUAGUAUCAUUUAAUUAUUUUAACAUGACUAAUAUGUUGAUUAUGUAUAUUAAUUUAUUUUUUAUUUUUCAGAAAUAUUGCACAUUCUGCUUUUGCUUCUCCAGCUUCAACUUUAUUCCAUGCAAGUGGGAUCAACUACUCUUAUUUUUGCUCACCUACCAUCAUAUUCCUGCUAUAACCUUGUUUCUAUCUUUUCCUCCAAAUUUGACUUUCAUAAUUUCUUUUUAUUUCUACAUGCUGUUUCCAUCAAUUCUAUUAUUUUUAACCCAUAUUUUUAUAGUACCUCUCUCCAUUACUCAAGCUUGCCUUCAACAACUUGUUGUUAUAUUAGCUUUCAAAACUACAUCUGCUGCAUUUAAGCUUCUAAU